CGUUCCGGGUAAGGCCACGCGGCGAGUGGCGGACUGCGGCGGCGCGGCGAUGGGGGCGGUGGGCGCAGGGCUGGUGGACUGUCACUGCCACCUCUCCGCCCCGGACUUUGACCGCGAUCUGGACAAUGUGUUGGAAAAAGCCAAGAAAGCCAAUGUUAUGGCCCUUGUGGUGGUUGCUGAACAUUCAGGAGAAUUUGAAAAGAUUAUGCAACUUUCAGAAAGGUAUAAUGGGUUUGUCCUGCCAUGCUUGGGUGUUCACCCUGUUCAAGGACUUUCACCAGAAGACCAAAGAAGUGUCACAUUAAAGGAUUUGGAUGUAGCUUUGCCCAUUAUUGAGAAUUAUAAGGAUCAAUUGUUGGCAAUUGGAGAGGUUGGACUAGAUUUCUCUCCCCGAUUUGCUGGCACUGAUGAACAGAAGGAAGAGCAAAGACAAGUCCUAAUCAGACAGGUCCAGUUAGCCAAAAGACUAAAUUUGCCUUUAAAUGUUCACUCACGCUCAGCUGGAAGACCCACCAUCAGCCUCUUACGUGAGCAAGGUGCUGACAAAGUCCUGCUACAUGCAUUUGACGGUCGGCCAUCUGUAGCCAUGGAAGGAAUAAGAGCUGGGUACUUCUUCUCAAUUCCUCCUUCUAUCGUAAGAAGCGGACAGAAGCAGAAACUUGUGAAACAGUUGCCUUUAACUUCAAUCUGCUUGGAAACAGAUUCACCUGCCCUAGGACCAGAAAAACAGGUACGGAAUGAGCCCCAAAACAUCUCCAUUUCAGCAGAAUAUAUUGCCCAGGUGAAAGGGAUCUCGGUGGAAGAAGUUAUAGAAGUGACCACACAGAAUGCAUUGCGACUGUUCCCCAGGCUUCGGUGCCUGCUCCAGAAAUAGCUUCAAACCAAAUCGACUGCAGGGCCAGCGUUUGAGAAGAAGAAGUGUUCUGAUUAAGAGUCUGAACUGCAGAAGCCGUUAUUUAGGGAUGCAGAGGAUCGUAAUUUUAGAGAAAUAUUUCUCUUAGCAAAACGCUGGGCUUGGAUUCUGAAACCCUGGGCUCUAAUUCCACCUUGCGCCGCUUUUCAGUUAACAGAGUCCUGACAGGGGUUUGGGAAAUGCCGCUGCUUCUUACCUUGCCCCAUUGAAUAGAACCAGUGUGUGAUCGGAAACCAUUCUUGCUGGCAAAGGUGCUCCAACAGGUAAGGAAUAAGUGCUGCUGUGAUGACGUGGAAGAGGCUCAAGGUUGGCCCUUCCCCACUUGUUUUACUUCCCAUAGGAUUUGUCCAGUGAAAGGAGGGCGUCUGGUUUCUUAUCAGAAAUCUUCUCUUUUCUGAGUUUGUAAAACUGAACUUGUAAUACUUUUAACUGGGAAAAUGUAUACAGUUUUCAUUUCGAGCUUAGAUUUUGAUUUACUGAGGCUGGUGGUUUGUAUACUCACCAUUAGAUACCAAGUCCAAGAAUUUAGUUAAUAAACUGGUUUUAAGUUCCA